UAUCUUGCUUUUAGGCCUAGCACAGGACACCAUGGAUUUCGGUUCAAAGGUCUGUAGUCUGUAUAAAACUCUAUACUGAUCCGGCAGCAUUAGAUACAAAUUUUCGGCUAAUCAAGUCUGCUAAGCGUAGAGAAAAAAUUUCGAAAUCACUCGGGCCUUAUAAACCAUACCACCUCUUUAUUACUCCUAUAAUGGCUCCAGCGCCAGUGUAUCCCGACCUGGGCAAACUCGCCCGCGAUCUCUUCAAGAAGGGCUACCACCCAGGAAUUUGGCAAAUCGACUGCAAGACUCUUACCAGUUCGGGCAUUGAGUUCUUUACCACAGGCUUUGCUAGCCAGGAUAAUAGCAAGGUGACCGGCUCUCUGCAGAGCAAAUACAAAAUCGAGGACUAUGGCCUGACUUUGACAGAGAAAUGGAAUACGGAGAACUGGCUCUUUGGCGAGAUAAUGCAGAAGGACAAGUUGGCCGAAGGCCUGAUGCUAGCCGUCGAAGCAAAAUUUCAGCCGGGAUCAAACGAGGCGGAUGGAAAGUUUAAAUUGGGCUAUGCCCAGGAAAAUUUUAACUUCCUGGCCGACAUUGGACUAAAUUCAGAACCGAUAUUGAACUGCUCGCUGGUUUUGGCCCACAACGAGUUCCUUGGCGGCGUCGGCACAGAGUUUGAUAUUGGCAACACAGAAUUGAAAUCCUGGAAAGUUGCCCUUGGGUAUACAAACGAGACAGCCACUCUCCAUGGCGAGUUGAAGAACGGAGAUUCUUGGUUAGCAUCACUUUUCUACAAGGCUAACGAGAAGAUUGAUGCCGGCAUUGAGGUCGUCAAAGCUUCUGGUGGUGGAGGAGGAGGCGAGAACCCCGAUGAACAAGAACAAGGUGGUAACAAUGUUAUUGUCAGCUUGGGCAUGAUCUAUCAUCUGGAGGAAGAUGCCCUCAUACGCGCCAAGAUUAACAAUGUGAUUGAGCUCGGUCUAGGAUAUGAGCAAAAGUUGCGAGAGGGCAUCACUGCCUCCAUUUCCGCAGUCCUGGACUGCAACAACAUCAAGGACGGUAACCACCGAUUCGGCGUCGGCGUGGCCCUACAGUGCUAAUACAACUCUUAUAGCAGCCAUUCAACGAUUUCCAUAUUCAAAAUUGGUUUAACUUUAUUCAAAUGACAAAUAUAUUUAGUUAAAUUAAAUUUUUAUUAUA